CAAAUUUUUUUUCACCACCUACUAAAUUUUGGUUAUUUAUCAGUCAUAUACCCUUCAUUUUCUUUUCCUUAAAGAAGAAGAAGAAGAAUGCACAUUCUGAAGCGAAUUUACGGGAUGAUCGAAGCCCGUAAAACAGUCGUUCACUUCAACGACACCAAAUUGGACAUUAUCGUUCAGCCUAGAUUAUACGCAGGGGAGUUACUGGACAUAGUGUGUUCUCAUUUCAACUUAAAAUCCAAAGAAUACUUUGGGCUCUGUUACGUUCAAGAUAACGAUGUCAACAAGACCCACUGGCUACAAAUGGACAAGUACGUUUUGGAGCACGAAUUUUUUGAAAACCCUUGUCGCAAUACAUCGAUUGAAAACACGAAUGACGAUAAACAUAGUAAUAGCACGCGUUUCAAUAAUUGUGGGAAACGCAAAUACCAAGAACCACUCUUGCGUCUACAUUUUAAAAUGAAGUUUUAUCCCGAUUCAGUUGGAUCUAUCUCUGAUCCACGCCUACUACAAUUGCUUUUCAUUCAAUGCAAAUCCUCUUUAAGCAACAACGAAAUAUUAUUUUGCAAUACGGGUCAAAACUGCGAACUCCUAGCUUUAUCCCUGCAACCAUACGGCGAUUUUCAAAGCUAUGAAACCUCUAAAUCCAUGCUUCAAUUCAUGUAUGGCGCUUCGGAUAUUCGCGAAAUUUUACAAACUAGUCUCGAUGAAAUAUGUCGAAAUCAUGAAAAAUUAAUUGGUAUGUCCCGGGGUGAAGCCAUUAUUAAAUUCAUGCAAGACAUUCAACAAAGUCCCACAUUCGGAGUUCAUUAUUAUCGAGUCAAAGACAAACAUAAUUUAUCGUAUUGGUUGGGUAUCAGUAACAACGGUAUAACGCAAAGCCACUUGGAUAGCAAACUCAAUAUUCUCUCCACUUUCCAUUGGCAGGAUCUCGAAAAUUUGUAUUAUAGGGACCGAAAGUUUUCUAUCGAGAUACACGAAAAUAAAAGAAGUCAAAACAGUGGGAAUCCUUUUUCUUCCUCAUCUUCUUCCAACAUAUCCGUUUACAAUUGGUACGCCGAAACAAACAAUCUUGCAAGGAGUAUAUGGGCCCUAUCUGUUCUUCAGCACCAAUUUUAUCUGGAGCAUCAACAUUCAACUCAAUUAAUUGAUACAGAAACAGCGAAUAAUGUUAUUGCGGAAUUGAAUAAAAAUGUAUACAAUUACGAGAUCAAUGUGCCUAACGGUUUAAAACAGCCAUUCCCUAAAAACGAGAAAUUUACCAAAUCUGAGGAAGAAAACUCUGAGAUGAAUUUUGUGAAAAGAGAAAAAUUACUAAAUAAAAGAGAUGUUUUACUGGCAGAAUUGGAAGAAAAGAAAGCUCUCUUAUGUCAACUAUACGACGAGGAAACGGAAAUUUUAAGUCUCGUUACUCUGACUCCAGAUCAAACCCAAGAAUAUUCCUCUUCACUCUUGUUAUCUCUAUGCAAUGAAAUAGUUCCUCGCGAAAAUUCUAAAUAUAAAUUUUCCAAUUUGCUCAAUCCUACUCCAAAAGCGACGCAUUUCCGCGAUUCAGAUACGAAAAGAAGCACCAUUAAAGAGACCACUUUCAAGAUCCCAUUAGAUUUUCUAUCAUUGACGUCUAGUCAAUUAGACGACGCCACAAAAAAUCACUUUAACGGCUCUAACUUAAGCGGAAAUGAGCGUGAUACCGAAAUCGCGGUCAUAGGCAAAUUGUGCCGACGGAUACAAGAAUUAAAGAUGGAUCGGGAGGUCCAGAACAAAAUAUGUAGCGCAGCUUUAAGGCUCACUCGAGAACCUUCUCUCAACAGGAACGCUAAAAGGGCCAGGAAGGUUGCUUAUGAAAAAUCCUUCACUAAGCUGAAAGGAAUCGAAGAAAGGCUCGACAAGCUUUCCUCUAUACUGGCCCUAGACAAAACCUUGAUAAAUGCCGAUUCCAACAAUCUUCCAAACACUCACAACCCCAAGCUACUUACAAGGAAAUCCGACCUAUCCCCAAACCAUAAUCGUAUAGUUAAUGCAGCGCUUAACUAUUCCACCUCUUUAUUUUCCACCCUCAAAAGGGUGGGAAGUAAAAAAUCCAUUCCCCCUUCCUCCCCAUCUUCCCACAAAAUGAAACCGGACUCUAGGCUAGUUUUUAAUUAUGAAAAUAAUAAAAUAGCAGCCAGACGUAGGCCUAGCCUGCUGGUCACUAAAUCUUUGAACGAUUUAGUCGGUCAUAAACAAUUAUACGAUUCACCUUAUAUACCUGUCAACGAUAACAACGACGCGCCUUGUUUCAAUGGGGCAAAUCAAAUUAAUUAUGAUUACAAUCUUGAUAUUUCCCGAACGUCUCUCCACCCCAUCACAACAUCAAAGUUUAUCAACGACCCUUCCUGGAAUCCACAUAACACCCACAAUAUUGACCACGUAGCGACCAACGAGUCAGAAAUGGACAAUUAUCUUACCAUUUCCUCAUAUAGCCGCCUAGCAUCCCAAAGCGAUAAUAACAGCAUAAAUAGCACUGACACCAUAUCCUUAAAUCUAUCAUCUUCCAACGAGUGUCCCUCCAAGGCUAAGAAGCUUCUUUCAACCGUUUCUCUACCACCUUACAAACCCUCCCGCUCUUCUUUUUACGGACCUAAAAAUGACGAAAGAGAUCGAAUCAACCAAAUAUCGUACGAGGAUUUGGAAUUAUACGCCGCCACUUCCGGCGGAAAUCGGGUCCUCGCGACCAAAAAUAUUAAUAAGAUCAAAAUUUUUUCUGAUAUCAACGAUAUGAGCGACGACGGCUCAAUAAACUACGAUUCGUAUUCGAGUCUUAGAUCUCACAGUUUUACCACAUCUUUAAAACUACCGGAGAGUUCUGUAGAUUUUUCAUCCAGUUUGGAGAAUUCCGGCCGCAGUAAAGAUGCAAACCAGAAAUUUUGCAAUGAUAUUGAUGAAAUCGGUAAUCUUAUUGAAGAUGAAAACCUCGCCGCUUUAAGAUGGAAUCGAGUUGAGAAUGUUUUAGACCACGUUAAAAAUACAGGCAUAUGUCCUCUAACAGAGGCCAAUUUUUCAUCGACGAAUAACAACAACUUUGUUCAUUAUGAUAAUGAUACCUAUUACGAUUCCUGUUGCACCCUGGACGAGUGGGGAGCAUUCCAGAAUACGGUUCAUGAAAAUGGUAUACAACCAAUUUUGGGUGGAUGUUUGAAUGGAGAAAUUCAAUGCCCCCAAAAUGACAUCGACGCUUCCCGCGCUAGCGACAAAUUCCUAUGCGAUAGUAACUCAGAUCCCGCGAAUUAUCCACAUUUUUCGAAUUCCGCUAAAUCCGGUUACUUCCCCAGCGAAGUUUACAACACCAAAUGCAGUUAUCGGUCCAAAAAUUAUCCAACUUUAGCCCAGGAUAAGGAAAUAGAAAAAAUUUCCCCUCUCUUUUCAGGGGCCCAUUCAUCGGAUGCUCGAAAUGGAAAUCAAGAUUUUCAAGCCCUGGGCGCCAUAUGCCAAACUUUUACGGAAACUAUAAAGCCUUACGAAUUUUCCGAUUUUGUCAGGUACUCGAAAAGUCCCAAUAAAUCCUACGCUAACUUCCGCAAAAACUGUGAUACAUCAACUCCUCCCCUUUCCCCCGAAUACCCUUUCGAAACGAAUUCUAAUAACGUCGCUUACAUAUGCAAAACCAAACCUGUCGAUAAUAUUUGCCUCCUUUUUGACGCUCAAGACGGUAAAAAUACCUGCAACGUCGUAUCAACGACCGCUCAACAUCUCGCUCCAACACUAUUCGGAUCUUGUGUUCCUAUCGAAACGAAUACUAUUUUUCGGAAAAAUACGAUGGACGGAGUUAAAAAUAAAUUUGAUACCGUUGACUCGAUGCAUAAAAAGAAAUUAUUGCUUCUUAAGCAGUCGAUAUCCAAAGAUUCUGGUAUUGGGGGUUCUUUAAUGGAUGUACCUCGAGGAUGCUAAGAAAGAAACAUUUAAAAUUAAACUACAAGCUUAUGCAUUUAUACGAUAAAUACAAGAAAAUCAUUUUAUAUCCUUAGAUCAAUUUAUUUAUCAAAAUUUAAUACAAAUCAAUCAGAUUAUAUAUUUUUUAUAUUAAAAUAUACUAUAGCUAUAUAAUAAUUUUAAGCCUAAUCAAUUUGUAUAGGAAUUUUUUUUAAA